GGGUGGUGACCAAUAGGAUUGCGUAAAAUUCAAUCUAUGACAGUGAGGGUCCACUUGUAAAGCUGACCUGGCAAACACGGAAAAUCACUCCUUCCUUUUAAAAAUCUAAAGAUUACGUGGGGGACCCAUCACCUCACAUCUUUCUUUCUCCUUCGGAUUGCAAAAAAAACUAGAGAUAGAGAGAGAGAGAAGCGAAGCAGCAAGGAAACAACAGUCUUCUUCAAUGUCGGUUUUCAACUCUAAAAACAACGAAUCAACGAUGGAAGAUGACGCAAAAGAUGAAUCCACGGUGGCUGGGAACUGCCCCACUGCACCGCCUUUCUCUCCCCCCCCCCCUUACAUAUCUCACUAACAGUUUGUCGGUUACAUCCUCCCCUAAACCUUUAUAAACCCCAUCAUCUUCCCCUUAAUCCAUUUUCUUUAAGUAAACUCCUUUGAUUACCACACCCACUCCCAUAAAUUACUUCUCUUCUCUAUAUUUUUUUUAUUUUCAAAUGAGCCCAGAGAAGGAUGGUGUUUCCAUACCCACUCCACUCUCCAUACCCAUUUCGACCCGACCCGAAUCCGUACCUCUCCACGUCGACACAGACGUUGCUUCUCCACUCCCCAUGCCGCUAGACAUCUUGCACGGGAACCCAAUCCCGCCGUUUCUGUCCAAGACCUUCGAUUUGGUGGAUGACCCGAGUCUCGACCCGGUUAUAUCUUGGGGGCCGACCGGAGCGAGCUUCGUCGUCUGGGACCCUGUCGAGUUCGCCAGAAUCAUACUCCCGCGGAAUUUCAAACACAACAAUUUCUCCAGCUUCGUCAGACAGCUUAACACUUAUGGAUUCCGGAAGAUUGAUACCGACAAAUGGGAAUUCGCCAACGAGGCUUUCCUUAGAGGACAGAAGCAUCUUCUCAAGAACAUUCACCGUCGCCGUUCACCACAGUCCAACCAAGCUUGCAGCAGUAGCAUCACCAGCCAUCAAAGCCAAGGGUCACCCACCGAGGUUGGGGAAGAGAUCGAGAUGCUGAGGAAAGAGCGGCGCGCGUUGAUGGAAGAAAUGGUUGAGCUUCAGCAGCAAAACAGAGGCACGGCUCGACACGUGGACACUGUGAACCAGAAGCUGAAAGCUGCUGAGCAGCGGCAGAAGCAGAUGCUCUCUUUCUUGGCUAAGCUGUUUCAGAACCCAGGUUUCUUGGACCGCCUCAAGAGCCUCAAAGGAGAAGGAGGGGGUCUUGGAUUCAAAAAGGCGAGAAAGAAGUUCAUCAAGCACUCUCCAACAGGAGGGGAGAUUGUGAAGUAUGAAGCUGAUGAUUGGGAGAGACUGUUAAUGUCAGAGGAAGAAGACACUGAGAACAUUCUACCCUCAAACCAGGGGAUGACUUCAACCGAUCCAAAAGGGAAGAACCUGAUGAAUCCAUCAGGAGAAGAAACAAUGAAUCAAGAUUACUUCUUACCUUUUCCAACUCCUGAAGGACUUAUCAAACAAGAAGAGACGUGGAGUAUGGGUUUCGACACUACAAUACCGAGUUUCAGCAACGAGGAUGUGUGGGGAAACACAAUGGACUAUAAUGUCGCAGAGUUUGGUUCUGUUCCAGAAACAUCAAGUGGUGGUUGUUUGCCUGAUGUAUGUUGGGAACAGUUUGCUGCAGGGAUGACAGAGACUGGAUUCAACUGGCCACCUGGUGAUGAUACUACUCCAAUGGAUGAUCCUUAAGACCUUUCAUUAUAUAUUUUAUUUAGACCAAUCACCCGUUUAUUAUCGGGUGAAUUAUUAAUUAAUUGAUUGUUUAUUUUGAGAUGCACCUUUAUACAUAUAUAAAUAAUGAUUUUGCACUUUUUAUUUAGAAUCAAUGUCUCUGCACUAAGGUUUUACUGGAGGACACAAAAUUAUGCUUUUGUUUUGUUUUGUUUGGGUUCUAUCUUGCAGGGGUUUGAGGACUCUUCUUGAAGCUGACUAUCACACUCUUCCAUGGAAGAGAAGAUCUUUAUGUUCCAGGUUAGCUCUUUCUCCUUUGCUCUGGUAUGUUUUGUCUUGGUUUGGUUACAAUUUACAAGUGAUAAACCGUAAGACAUGGAUCUAUAAUCAAAAUGUGACAGAGAAUGAAAAAAACUUAGUGAUAUUUUUAACAUUUGAGACCUUAUUCUAAUUUGGUGAUCAUUGUUCACAUUAAGUUAAAAUCUAUAUAUAAUAGCAAACCAAUUUUUUGUUAGCCGCUGACGUCAUCAGUUUUUUAUAGGAAAAAAAAAAUCAGAAUCUAACGGUCAAGAUAGUUCUGAGAAUAUAAUCUAAGGGAUAUAAUUUUGUUUAGGACUAAGGAUGUGACGCCAUCGCUUUGCAAUCGACGCCUUCACCGUAUCUCUUCAAAGGCGUCCCCUGCAGAAACUAUAACCCUUCAAGAGUUGUAUACUUUCACAAGCAGCGUUUCAGUUCAACGUCAUCAUCUUCCCUUAAAAGUGGUAUCUUAUCAGAAGCUUAUAUAUUAAAGAAAUUGUUUAUGUUCUCCUAAUUGUUUCAAGUUUUCUUUGAUUAUCCUCUCUGUUUCUUUUUUUUUUUUGUGAAUCUCCUCUCUGUUUCUUAACUCUCUCCAGUCCCGCUGCAGAUAAUUUUCUCUCUCGCCCUUUCUCUCCAAUUACAGAGUCCAUUAAAGUAUUACUAUUUCUCUGCAAUUCUCUAAUUCUUAAAUUUAUUCCCUCUGGAGUUUCUGCAAAUACAGUGGGCAUACUUUUGCUUAGAUGGCCUUGGUGCAUGCUUCAUUGUUUAAUUAGUCUUCGUAGGAUUCACACUCAGAACAACUCAGUCCCUAUCUUAAAAUCGAGAAGAACAGAUAAUCGCGAAGAAGUUAAGUAUCUAUUCUUCUUAUUCAGUAAACUGAUAUUUCUCAAGUGCAACACUUGUCUGUGCAUGCGUUUAAGUGGGGAAGAUUGUACAUGAACAACAAGUGGAAAGCCAAGUUGCGAUGAGAAUUCAAUAUUUAUAAGGUUUCAAAAUCAUUACACAACAAUACAUAUAUAAUCUCUUCAUAAUAUGAUGUACGAGUUUAAUGCAUUUAUCGCUUUUGAGUUGUGAGUGUUUAGAAGAUUUAUUUAAUCUAUAUAUAAUAGCAAACAUUUUUUUGUUA